AUAGUUUAAAUUAUAUGUAUUAGCAUUGUGUCCUGAUUAUCUGAAUAUUUAUAUAGAAUAUGAAAGCUUUAUUUUUUGGACUGUUAAAGAUGUUAAAACAUCUGAGCAUCAUACAUUAGUAAAAAAAAAAAAAGAUUUGUCGGUGCUUCUUUGCAGCAUGUUUAUUCUCAUCGAGAAUCAUUUCCCCUGUUCUCUCAAGAUCCCUCAGUUGGCCUUAUGGGUCUUUGGAGAUGAAAAAGUUGUUACAUUAUAUGUGAUAAGUGUCCUGGAUCUAAGUAUCAUCUUUUAACAGAUGACAAAGGGAACCCUCUUUCUGAAUCUCCAGUGCAUUUUUUAAAGUACAUGUAACUCUUUUGGCAUCAGGCUGUAAAACACAUUUGAAAUGUGAUAUAUAUUUCUAUUGUUGUUUUCCCUUACAAAAUAGAAGUAUACUUCAAGUUAAUUUUAUUAAGUGUACUUAAGUAAUGUUCAAGUAUAUUUUUAAGUAUACUUUAUAUGGUAAGUAUACUAAUAUCAAUGUACAAGUAGUAUACUUGUAAGUGUACUAUUUCAAUACAGCUUGGGACUAAAUUGGCCCACUUUUAGUAUAUAAAAAGUAUACAUUUAAGUGUACUAUAAAUAUAACAGUAGUAAACUUUAAGUACACAACUAGUUCACAACUGUUUCUCAUUUGUACUGAAUCUGUACUACAAGUGAACUUAUAAGUAAACUAGUAGUUUACUAUUUUAAUACUUGUAGCACAUUUUUUAGUAUAUGAAAGUACACUUUGAAGUAUACUCUCAGUAAACUACUAGUUUAGUAGUUUUACACUGCAAGUAUACUUGUAAGUUUUCUUUAAGUUAACAUAAUAUCAUACGGACAGUUUACUAUUUGUAUAAUAUUUUUGCAUUUUAAGUAUACUACUAUUUUCCUAUUUAGAUAUUAUUUUUUAAUACUUGAAAUAUACCUUUAACUGUACUUUAACUCUUUCCAUUUUAAAAACAUUUUAUUCUAGCUUCAUGCAUCCUUUUUUAUCAACACAUGAACGUGGCUGUUUCAUAAAAAAAACCCAACAUUUUAAACAAAAGGCUGAGAAAAUCGCAUUUUUGUGAAAGACUACGUCCGGAUGGGAUUCAGAACGAUGAUCAAAACACAGAUGGAGUAGAUUGAGUCCGUCAACACCUUCGAAGCUUCACAGUCGUUUCCUCUUCAUGGCUUUAACAUUUCAUUUUGUAACGUUAGGCAGUUUUGAUUGCAUAAAAUUGAUGAUCGCGUUAUUUUACAUUUGCCUUAGCAAUUUUCCAACACUUGUUCAGAAGAAGUGUAAUAGCACCCCCUACCGUAUGACAGUGAAAACAUGGAUAGCCGAGAAAUUCAGUCAGUGGCGUGGAAAUAGUAAUGUAGAUUAUUAUGUGGACUAGUCUACACAAAAAUUCAGAUACUCAGAAUUAUGAACAUCUGUUUUCUUUAUAAAUCAAUAUUUUCAAACAAUGUAAGUUUAUAAGACAGUAUGUAAAAAAGUAUUUAAUAGGCUACUCAAUCAAGAGACUGAACACAACUAGAAACUUAAAAAUUCUUAAUUAUACUUUUAAGUAUAUCUUGAUCAAAAGAUUGAGUACAAGUAUACACCAAAUAAACUUAAACUUUUCUGUAAGUACAAGUCGAGUAUAGGCUACUUAAGUGCAAUUUUAAGUAUAUUUCUGAGACGUACAUAAAAAAGUAGUAUAUUUUAGUUUAAAAGAAGUAUACUAAUAGCACACUUUAAUAAACUUUUUCGUAAGGGUUAAUGGUUGAAGAUCACAGUUAUGAUGACUAUCUACUGUACACUGUAAACAGUGAAUAUGGGCAGCUGUUGUUUCCUACUUUUCCACUGAUUGUGAACCUUAAAAAUGAAGAUUCUUACUGUUUCUGUUGAGAUGUUUGUGUUCUCUGUCUUUUUUGAUUCUCGUGGUUAUCAUGAAAGGGAAUAUAGUCUUUGCUUGCCUGUUGUGAGGUAUAGUCGAGUGAAACGGCUUCUCGAACAAGAAAAAAUGUUGGGCGGGACUUGAUUUUGUCCAUGGGGAAUUGAUUGGAUGGUUGUAGUUUGCAAUUGGUCGAUGUCGCGUAAGUGACAGGUUGCUCCGCCCUCGCGCCAGAGAGAUGUGCUUUAGAGGGAGGGGAAGUUAUUUUGAAUAAAGAUUAUGUAAAAAUGAAUGUAAAAAGUAAUGAUGUGCACGGAUAAAUCAUUUAUACUGCAGUAUUCCAUUAAAAAAAAUAAGAGUUGUCAUUUUUGAUUUAAUGGUGACUUUAAAGUUGGACGCUGAAUGACUCGCGCUCAACAGAUAUGCCUACAACAUAGUUACAGAGGUAAAAAUACAUGCGAACUCUUACAUCAGUGAGCUCAGAGUAUUUUAGGCUGUUGACUCUGAGUGUCGGUGUCAUUUUCAGUCUGAAGCAGAGUAAGCUAAUGGAUAACUUCAAUAUGCAGUUCACUAGCUUAGUUUAGUAAAGAAAAAUAAUGUAGAGUGAGAAUUUAUAACCUGAAGGAUGCACAGUAGUUGAGAGGAUACUAUACUAUUUUCAGUGUGAAUUCGGCGUCUCCGGAGAAUGACAGGCUGACCUUGUCGUCCUUUAUUGACAUGGAAGGAACAAAUGCGCCCGGCGCAGAGAGCGCAGGCUGGGCUGCGGAGGAGAUGGCAGAAAUGGCUGGUUUCGGAUAAUCAAUAGUGUGUUUUUUCACGGGGGACUGUAACCGCAAAUAAUUUUUAAAAAAAGAAAAAGAGAGAGGCUGUUAUUCGUGACUGAAAGAUGUGGAAUGCGUUUGGAAAUGGAUCAAGCGGGUAUGUGAGCAAGGCGCAAGGCUGGGAGUUCGUCCCGUGCUCUCGUCUAGAGAGGCCGGGUAAGAAGGUCCAGAGUCCCGCCCGGGUUCGAUCGUUCCCGAGCAACCUUCUGGAGCAGCUUCCACCUGGACCUGCUGCUGCUGCAUCCGAUGCGACUCGCGGACAAACUCCGAGUCAGGAGCUACAAAGUCCACACACACGCCUAAAAAAGAAAUUCGAGGACUUUAAAAAGCGCUACGAUCACGAGAAAGAGGAGUGGAGAAUGGAGAAGGAAAUGCUUUUGAGACAAGUUGCUGAUAUACAAGGUGGAGAGAACAGAAGGAUAUUGUUGGAUCUGAAGUGUGUUUUAGAAGAGGUGCAGUCGGGGGUGAAGCGUCAAGAAAGUAAACGGGGUGAGCUGGAGCUGCAGUACAUUCAGGAUCGAUGCGCGUGGGAACUGGAGCGAUCAGAGCUGAAAAGGCGCAUUACUCAGCUAGAAGUGCGGGGAUGUAGCGUGUUGGUGGAGACUGUGAGGAGUGAAGAACCAGGGGACACUCUGAAGCGGGAAAGAGCGGAACAAAAGAGGCUGCUGGCAGACACUCACAGUGCAGCGAUGGACCUCCGCUGCAGGCUGGAGAGCAGUGAGAGGGGCUGGGUGAAGGAAAAAUCUGAGCUGCUGGAACGCUUUGAGACUGAGAGGAAGGAGUGGGAGAACCAGCUCAUGGAUAUGCAGCGGAAGAUUGAGGAGUUGUACAAUGAAGUGAAGGCUCACCGUACAGGAAGUUCUCUCAGACCGUUUACUGAUGGACAAAAUGCACUAAGGCUCAGCUCGUGUUCUGCCAGCACUUUGUCAAGUGAAGUAACUUAUCCCUCAGACGCCCAGAGCAAUGAAUAUUCUGAGGCUCCAACCCAGCAAAGCAAUGCCAGCAUCGACUCCCAAACAAGUCAACUCAGUCACAUCACCAGUGAAUCCAGUGAACAGUGCAACAGCGAGCAAAGCACACUAUUAAAUCAGCAAGGUACUGGUGAACAACAGGCUAUAGACACUGCAGAGCUGGAAGAAAUCCUGGAAAGCUGUUUGAAAUUGAAAAUGGGGAACAAGACCUGCUUUUCUGGACAAGAUGUCCUCCUUAACCCUUUCAGAAGAUUUCAGAGCAUGGAAAUAACCUGUGGAAGUGACAAAAAGAAGAACAGUACUGCCCUUAAUGCGGCACUUAAGGAAAUUGCCCGUGUGAGUGAAGAACUCUGUAGCUACCAGGAUGAAAUGAGAAAGUGGCCUGAUAUAAAGAGAAGCCGCAGCGAGUCGAUGUUUUUUCCGAGAGAGGCUGAGUUGGUGGAGAGGGUAAAGGAUAAUCUGGAAAUGGAGGACACAGUUUUGUAUUUGAAAAACAUGAGUGAAGACCUCAAAUCCCUUGAUGAGCAAUACUGGAUGAACUGGGAAAGUUGUAACAUGGAAUCACAGCAAAGUGAUGCUAAGCCACCAGACAACAUAAGACAACAAGCCCCGCCCAUACCAGCCCGUAGUACAUCUUGGUACCUUAGCAGUCCUUCAGCUUCAGAAGUAGAGUCCAGUGGUACAGAGCAAUUGUGCCAAUGGCCAGGAACCCAUCCGGACAGAAAAUACACCAGCCCCGCAAUUGUACGAAAAUUUGAGGCGAUGCUUCAAGAAAAUGAGGGGAAAAUUCUGACCGACUCUGGGAAUGUAGCCUGUAGCGGUCCUGUUGAUUCCAAGUGCAAUAUCAGUUGCUGCCAGAGCCGCUGGUCCUGUGAUGGAAGUAGAUUUGGCAGCAACAAGUCAUCCAGAUAUGUACCGGUUAAGAGAUGCCUCUCCAACAUUGACAUUGCUGCUGCAGCCACAGAUCGCAGUCUAAACCAACCAGAUGCCGAGAGCAAAAAUGAUCUCAAAAGUGCAUCUCAUCCCAUGAACCUGCCUCAAGAUUCUGUUGCAUCAAUAGACUUUAUUUCACCAUAUCCCAGCGAUACAGCUACUUCCAGAAAUGAGAGACUUGAGCAGAAAACUGCAGAGUUCAACCGUACGCUCUUCCAGGCAGGAAUGGGUCUUCGGUGUGGUGAGGACACUUCUAUGAAUGUUUCUACUGAUUGUUCUCCAAGUCUACCAGAGGUCGUAUCAAAGGACACAUUUACAGAGAGCCCAUCAAUGUAUGUUGAAGACAAUCUAAAGGUUGUGCUCUCGGAUCUUGUGCCACAGUGCCCAAAAGAGGAGGGAAGAAGAAAGGAAACAAAGGACCUUGUCUCUAAGUCUUCAUCUCCACAGCAGGAAUGUAUUUUACAAGAAGACGUUGAAGUUAAACCUUUCCAGACUAAACACACUACACCAACUUCAGUUGACCCAAGUGUUAGAGAAAAAUGUUUUGAAAUUAGUGCAAGUCCACCACAGCUGCAAAUCCAGACGGAAAGGUGCAGCAAAGCUGUGGAUGUUAAUACAGAUCAAUAUCAAGCAGUCAAAAAAUCCAAACAGGCAAAAAAGGACAUGUGUAGUAGCACCAGAUCUCGUAUUUUAGACGAAAAUCCAUGGAAGCCCUCUACACUAGCAGCCUAUCCUCGUCCAGUGGAGUCUAGGUCCAACUAUGGAGCUGUUGAAAGGAUUCUCAAAAGUUACGAGGAUUUGGAGAGAUCUCGGGAGCAGAAGCAGUCACAGCCACAGCCCAGUCCAGGGAAGGAGGAAGACCUCAUUGACCUCUUGGAAAUGUUGGAUAAGCGACAUGAGUCUACAUCCAGUCAGAAACUGACACACACACCGCACCACCAGGUCAUAGCCCACAAAGAGACACAUGUAACAGUGCAGCAAGGCAAAGAGUCCUCUGUAACUAUCAAGAAGAGCUUUUCACGACCCGUGUGUCCUGCAAAGAGACGUUUGCCCUCUCGUUGGGCUAGCCGCUCGUCCGUCUCAUCUGCAUCAUCUCCCUCACCCCCACCCACAGUCUUCACCCAGCGACAAACACUCACCUACUCCACCUAUCACACAGAGACAGUGAUCUAAACGGCCGUUAGAUGCAGUCCAAUGCCUUUACAGCUGUAAAUGUUGCCUGAUUACCUGUGUAAAUAAACACUGUGACUGUUCAAAUGAUGAUUUUGUGUACAUUUCCAUAAUUAUGAGCUCAAACUGCCUUUUUCAUUCUUUUGUUUACAUUUCAUUUCUAACAGUGUGACUUAAAAGUGCACAAAUGAUGUUUUCUGUUUUCAUAAACCAAACUGUCAUCACUAUUUUUUAUAGUUGUCAAUGUAGACUUGCUUUACAUGUGGCCUCGUGUGUGUGUGUGUGUGUGAGGUCUGAUGUCUGAUGUCUGAUUGAUAAUAUCGAAGUCUGUUUCACAUCAAAUCCAUUGUUAUACUUUUACCAACUUUUACCAACUUUAACCAAAAUGACUCUACAGAAACAAAUAGAUUCUAAGGUCAGUUUACGUGUUUAUCUGAUGUGAGACAUAUCAUUGAGACAAUGCCUUUGCAGUUCUUUUUCUUGUUAGUUAAUAUCACAAGUGUAUUCAGCAUUUAUAAAAAUAAAUAAAAUACUGACACUC